AUGAUCCCUGAGCCAAGAGAAGAGUCGAUCACACUGGAUCUCGGCACCUCCUACUGGAAUUCGGCCGAGAGCACCGGGCAGGCCAACAGAAUCAGUAACAAGGCCGGUUGCUGUCCUGCGCUCCUCUUCUCCUGUCAGAACCUGACCCAGGUCAACACUGUGCUUCAGCACACGUCCGGCAGCAACCAGGAGUGCCUGGAGAAUUUUGAUCUGCAGGGACAUCAGACAGCACUGCACCGUGCGGCUGUCGUGGGAAACCGUGAGGUCAUCUCUGCUCUUGUCCAGGGAGGCUGUGCCCUCGACCUGCAGGACAAGGAAGGAAACACUGCUUUGCAUGAGGUGGCAUGGCACGGUUUUAGCCAGUGUGUAAAAGUCCUGGUGAAAGCUGGGGCUAACGUUCAUGUUAAAAAUAAGGCAGGGAACACAGCUCUCCAUCUGGCCUGUCAGAACGGACAUGCUCACAGUGCUCGAGUGCUGCUGCUCGGAGGAUCUGUUCCUGACAGCAAAAACAAUGCAGGUGACACAUGUUUACACAUUGCUGCGCGGUACAAUCACAUGGUGAUGAUAAAGACUCUCCUGGGUGCGUUCUGCUCUGUGGCUGAGAAAAACCAGGUUGGAGACACAGCUCUUCAUGUGGCUGCCGCCUUAAAUCACAGAAAAACAGUGAGUCUGUUGCUGGAGGCAGGAGCUGACAGCUGCUUAAAGAACAAUGCCGGCUGCACUGCCCUCGACAAGGCCAGAGACAAUAAUAACAGAGAAGUGGCUCUUCUUUUGGCCAAAUCCAAUCAGGUUCAGAGGUUUGCACGAGGCAGAACUGUGAGGAAGAGGAGGGAUUUACAGAGAGCGCAGAGAAGAGCCCAGUCUGUACCUCGAGAUGAAGUGCUUGCUGGGAAGGACAGUGCAUCAGUGGCUGAAGGCACACACAGCAGUGACCGGGCACUUCGCAGGACAGGACAGCCACUGAAUAAGACCACAUCUAGUCCUCACACCAGGAGGAAGACCAGGAGACUCAAAGAGAGGACCGAGCACGCGUCCUUGAGAGAGAACCUCCUACAGACUCCCAGACGCAGCAGCCCAAGCCUUCAGGAAGACGACAGGUGUCCAAACGGAAGAGCUUACCAGCUGUACACUCUGUACCGUGACGAGGACGGCCGCGUAAAACAGACACCUGCCAAUGGCUGUAACUGUAAACCCUUAAUAAAAAAACUGGAGAACCAGCUGAAGGCCACCAAGAAGGAGAUGAGGUCCCAGAUCCACACUGUGCAGGAGCAGAUGAACUGCAGACUGGGCAGAAUAGACCGUCAGAGUAAACACCAGAUUAAAGUUCUGGAGAAGAUGACGCAGGAGCGUGUAUCAGCCGAGAGGAUGGAGUGCCAUUACCGCAUCAAUCAGAGAGCCACUGCGGAGAGGAUGGAGGACCAGCGGAGACAGCAGGCAUCUACAGCCAGUGAGGUGAAAAACUGGUGCAUGUCGAAGCUCCAGGACAUGGAGGAGCACUUACCAGCAGAGGCUCAGUACUACAAACUCCUCCACUCUCCUUCUACGGAUCGUUCCGCGGGGGAGACUGAUCAGGAGUGUCUCCCGCUGCUGUCGGUCAUCUCUGAGGACAGCAUCAGCUCUCUGGCCACCUACGUCAACGUGCUGCCGAAGCCAGCAGCAGCAGGAUCUGCUGGAAAAAGCCCCGAGUUUGAUGACCUUCAGGGGAGGAAAUAUUUUGAACUGAAGCUGGACAGCUCACCCAAUAAUUAUCAGAAUCUAUCAGAGCACCGUGUCGUGCUACCGUCCCCGUGCAUGCCUGUAAACGCACACAGGCCCCUCUCUCGACGGCUGGCCAACGCUGACCCCCAGCGGCUGAACAAGGAACAGCAAGAAACUGAGUGCAGGCUGGGUCAGAAUGAGGAUUUCAGCUAUAGCAGCACAAGCAGCAGCCUGUCCACUCCCAGCAGGGGCGUCAACGACAGUGACCCAGAACCCGCGAGGCUUCAGGCCUGGCACCAUCGCAGACACCUGAAAGACAGGAUCAAAGCCCACCGUGCCAGCGUCCAGCAGGGCGGCACUAUGCACACCCUGGAGUUUUUCUCCGAGCCCCCCACAGAGUCCUCUUUCAUCCAGGAGAGGGCCAACCUGCACGCGAUUGAGGUCACUCAGCGCUUCUUUGAGACAGUGUCCACACAGCUGGAGCGAUGGUACGAGAGGAAGAUCCAGGAAGCUCAGAGAGCUGUGGAGCACCGGGCACAACAGGACAGAGCCGGCCUGCUGGAGCGCAUCAACACCCUGGAGGAGGAGCUCCGGAGGCUGAGGGCCAGCACUCCAACUGACCCUUAA